GCAUUGUCCCCGCCGGAUGCUCCUCUGUGCUCCCGUGAUGACGUGUUGAGGAAGAAUCGCCCGAAUCAGAGCUGCUUGAGGUCGUGGCAACAUGUGGAAGUUCGUCUUUACGGUGCUCUGCAUCGCCAGCGUGAUAUCAGCGCAAUCUCCGAGAAGCAACGUCUUCUUCAUCAGGCUCCCCGGCCCCUCGAAUCUGACAUCGUUACGCAUCGGCAACAGAAGUGUUCUACUCCAAUGGAGUUUCGAAGAGCCCGCAGAUAUCAAGUUGUGGGACGUGAACUUUCUCCUUGAAUUCCAUCCUCAACUCAUGGCCCCGUUCGUCAUCCCCCUCCGCUUCAGGAGACCGCCGUUCCAGUACCUCUUCGACCGAGUGGUACCUGCGACGAGGUACACCGUGAGUCUGAAGGCAUCACACUACGGUUGGCAGGAGAGUCACUCUAUCGGAACCUCAUUCGCCAUUGAACCAGAGCUCCAGACCCCGGAAAUCUCGUCCGUCUCGUUUAUGAGGGGAGACGAGGACACCGUCCUGUGCUUGUCAUGGAGGUUCCCGAAAGAGGACGAUCAGACAUGGCUGCAGCACUUCGACAUCGAAUUCUGCAUUCGAGAUGGCGCCUGUGAUAUGAUACGGAGCGGCCAGAACGAUUAUUCCGUCAGAAUACCGAUCGGAUACAACAGGCGCUUCUUGGUCCGGGUCAUCGCCGUCUUCUAUGCGCCUAUCGUAGACCGCGUUAUGCACGCAAGUGAACCUUAUGAAGGAUAUUCUAGAACAUACCCAGCCCAAUGGAUUCUGAGAAACGUUCGUGGCGUGCUGGACGGCGACAGAGUUAAACUCGACUGGAUAAGCCCGAUGGUGGAGAACGGACCGGUCGCUUACUAUGAAGUGUUCGUGGCCGACAAAAACAUUGGAAUGCAAUACCCUCUGUAUGGUAUCGCCCCUCGCGUCCCUUACGAGGACAAAGGUGCUUAUGACAUGCACAUAGGGACUGGCGAGAGCUCCUCUCCGCCGUACCCGAUCCCUGGAACGCUCAGAGCCAUGGGAGCGGACAGAUGCCCUCCGCCAAAACCGCUCCGCGUCGAAGUCGUCAAAAGAACCGCCAGCGCAGUUCGCUUCAAAGUAGUGUUCCACGAGCUUUUCGAGGAAGGCUUCUUCACGAAAACAAAACAUUUGUACCUCGGACCUGGCUUAGCCGAAGCGUUUGGCUUGACCCCCUAUCACGACCUCUAUUACAAGAUACGCACUUGCUUGACCUACAAGAAAUCAGAGGUGGUUACCUGUGGAAAUUUCUCCGAAUUCACAAUCAUCUCCAACGUUGCGGCACCGUCACCCCUCAGAUUUGUGGAAGCUACACCCAUCCCGUCGGGAGCAUUGAGAGUAGCAUGGCCACGACCUGACGAGCCUCGAGGUCCAAUCGACGGCUACCUGAUUCGCUAUUGGCUUGAUUUCGGGGCCUACCAAGACGAAAAGAAGAAAUUCGUGGACCGUGCUAGGCGUACAGUCCUCAUUACAGAUUACCGGCCCGGAAUCAAGUUCAACGUCGAGGUGGCAGCCUUCAACAGGGAUCGAUUCAACGCCACUCAUCUGCAUAUAGGAAAAUAUACGGAGGCUAAUCUACCACGGAAGGGUUUCUCAUGGCCAUUCAUCACGUCGGGGCUCGCCUUUGUGGGGAUGGUGAUUUCCUUAGGAUUGAACUGCUUUGUAUUUUUUGGGAAAUGGGCGAGAUGAUAGAUGAAACAGAGGGAUCUUCAUACCGGAGGUUCUUUCGCCUUGCUCAAUGAGGUCGAAGACUCCGACGACGCCGACUGAUCAAGCAGUGGAUGACUCGAACUGCACCCAUCUCGCAGUGACCGGGAUGAACUCUCCGAUUCUUUUAGGGAUUCAGACUUACUUAGACUAUCAUGCUGCAACAACUUCAAACAUCAUAGAACAAAUAGAUACAAGCCUAGCCCGACAUACUGAUUCAUUAGUUAUUUUCUCAAUGAUUUCCAUACGAUCAUUCUUGUGCAUGGAGGUGACGCUAGCUCAUUAUGAAUUGUAACUACUCAUAAAAAAUCGGAUCAAUUUAUUCAAUGAUAAAUUUUGUGAAUUA